CCAAUGGCGGAGCUCGGUGGGCGGAGCCGGCAGCAGUGCUGGAAUGCGGCGGUGGCGGCGACGCGGGCGGCUGCGGCCCAGGUGCUGAUCUCCAGCUGCUCCCCAGUACUGUCCUCCUCCACUCACAGGGUCAGCUUUGGCUCCCUGGGGGCCCUGCAGCCAUGUCCACCUUCCGGCAGGAGAGCGUGGAGGACUUCUAUGAGAUGGGUGAAGAGCUGGGCAGCGGGCAGUUCGCCAUCGUGCGGAAGUGCCGGGAGCGGAAGACAGGCCUGGAGUACGCGGCCAAGUUCAUCAAGAAGCGGCGCCUGUCGUCCAGCCGCCGCGGCGUCAGCCGCGAGGAGAUCGAGCGGGAGGUGGACAUCCUGCGGGAGAUCCAGCACCCCAACAUCAUCACCCUGCACGACAUCUUCGAGAACAAGACGGACGUGGUGCUGAUCCUGGAGCUGGUCUCGGGCGGGGAGCUCUUCGACUUCCUGGCUGAGAAGGAGUCGCUGACGGAGGAGGAGGCCACCCAGUUCCUCAAGCAGAUCCUGGACGGGGUGCACUACCUGCACUCCAAGCGCAUCGCCCACUUCGACUUGAAGCCAGAGAACAUCAUGCUGCUGGACAAGAACGUGCCAAACCCUCGCAUCAAGCUCAUCGACUUCGGGAUCGCCCACAAGAUUGAAGCAGGGAAUGAAUUCAAGAACAUAUUUGGGACCCCAGAGUUUGUAGCCCCAGAAAUUGUCAACUACGAACCCCUGGGGCUGGAGGCUGAUAUGUGGAGCAUCGGGGUCAUCACUUACAUCCUGCUGAGCGGAGCCUCUCCCUUCCUGGGGGAAACGAAGCAGGAGACCCUGACCAACAUAUCUGCUGUCAACUAUGACUUUGAUGAGGAGUACUUCAGCAACACCAGCGAGCUGGCCAAGGACUUCAUCCGCCGCCUGCUCGUCAAGGACCCCAAGAAGCGAAUGACCAUCGCCCAGAGCCUGGAGCACCCUUGGAUUAAGGUGAUCAAGAGGAGGAACGUCCGUAACGAGGACAGCUGCAAGAAGCCGGAGCGGCGCCGGCUGAAGACCACGCGCCUGAAGGAGUACACCAUCAAGUCCCACUCCAGCAUGCCGCCCAACAACACCUACAUCAACUUCGAGCGCUUCUCCAAGGUCAUGGAGGAGGUGGCUGCAGCUGAGGAGAGCCUCCGAGAGCUGGAGAGGAACAAGAAGUCCUUCCAGGAGGACAUCGAGGCCCUGCUGUCCAUCUACGAGGAGAAGGAGUCGUGGUACAAGGAGGAGAAUGAAAGCAUCAGCCAAGACCUGCGGCAGAUCCGGCAGGAGCUGCAGAAGACCGAGGCCUUGAAGAAGCAGGCGCAGGAGGAGACCAGAAGCGUGGUGCAGGUGGCCAACGGCCUCAAGAGGCGUUACAGGAAGCUGGAGAACCACUACGAGGCCCUGGCCAAGCAGGUGGCCUCGGAGAUGAAGUUCGUGCAGGAGCUGGUGUGGUCCAUCGAGAGGGAGAAGCUGCAGAGCAGCGAGGGGGACGGCAGCAUCCGCUAGCGCCGCCGCCUGCCCUCGGCCUCGGCUUGGCUUGUCCUGCCUGGAGGCGCCUUGGUGGCUCUGCCCCUUGCUCACCCGAGGAGCUGGGCCACCAACAGCCUUCUGCAGAUGUGCCCAGGCUCUGCUGGGCUCUCUGGGGGCUGGUGGCUCCCUGGAGACCACCACCUCAGGGGGCUCGGGCUGUGCCGGCCUGGGAUUCGGCUUCCUGCGUGCGGCUCUUGCUUGGCUUCUUGUCCCCCUGCUCCCCACCCCAGCUGCUCUCCCCAUUACUGAGA